UAGCGCCCAUAGUAGCGUUGGGCCUCACGUGAUCCCACCCUAGUUCUAUUCAUUCUUGGUCUGCAGACUAAAUCCGUGUUCGCCCCAGAGUCUCUCGGGGCUUCACAACUCCGUCUAGCAUCAGGCGUGCGCCGUGUACAAGCCACGCGUGCCUCUUAUCCCCACUACCAGCUCCAAACAUGGCGCGACGACCCAUGCACGAUUCGACUCGCCAUACUCCCCGCUCGCCUGAAUCACCUCCACUCGUCGCCCUCGCUCUCCUCCUCGUCUCCCUCCUUCCACCCGCCAUGGCCUUCCCUUCGUUCAACCCGCACCCCAUGAAACCGCGCGAGUCGCAUCAGCUCACCUUCCGAAAAUUCCUCCCCUUCAGCAAUCCCACCGCCAACUCUCACCAGCAAAAUUCCGACUCCGACACGCACGAAGGCGGUGCCGAUCGGGGUCAGCCUGAAGGAAUGGCCGCCACUCAGCCUCCCGUGUGCGGCGGACCCGGCGCUUCCAGCGAGCCCUCUGCCGACGGAGCGCCUUGCCGCUUGGCACUUAGUACCGGCCAGCCUGCCGGCGGCGCGGGGGACGAUCCUUCAUCCGGAAGUGAAGCAGCUGGAGACUCGAGCCGCCUUCUUCUGGAGAACAUUGCCGCCGCUAGCAGCGCCACCGGCGGCGGCGACGCUGGCGACACAGUCGCAAGCAGCGGCGUCGGCGACAUGGUUGCGCGGAUCGCUCAGAUCCGAGUUGCAGCCGUGGCAGGCGGAAACGGUAACCUUGUGGAACCCGACGCGGCACGGGCGGACCCUGCGCCCCGGAAAGUCGGCGAUAUGUCGGUGGAGCCGCUUCAGAAGCCGAAGAACGCGAAUAUGGACGAGCUCCUGGCGCGACCCGGUGAAUUGACAGCAGGUGCUGGCUCGGACCUGGCUAAUGGCGGGACUGCGACUGGCGAGACCGGCGGAGAAAGUGAGAAGGCUGCUGGAGCGGACGGAGAAGGUGAGGGGGAGGAGGGGGAAGGGGGGGAAGCGGUGGAGGGAGCGGGAGAGGAGGGCGAGGGGUCUCGUGAAGGAGUGCUGGUGGUGGCGGGAGUAGACGAGGAAACGAUCAAUAGGGCGGAGGCGACGGACGCGGAAGGGGCGGAGGCGGAAGGGGCGGAGGCGGAAGGUGCGGAGGCGGAAGGGGCGGAGGCGGAAGGGACGGAGGCGGAAGGGGCGGAGGUGGAAGGGGCGCAGGCCGACGAGAAGUCGGAAGGCGAGGCAGCGGCGAGCGCUGAGCAAGCAGCUGCGGGCGGGGAGGCGGGGGAUGAAGCGGAGAAGGCGGGAAGCGCGCUCCAAGCGCGCGGAGUGAAGGCGGAGCAAGUGGCGAAGGCGGAGAUCGCCUCCGCCAACGACGAUGACGCGCGACAGCCCCUCGUGGCUACCGUGUCCGGAGCCGCUUCCACGUCGCACGAAUCGUCGCCUGAGACGCACGCGUCGCCCGAGUCGCCCGAGUCGUCUGAGUCGUCGCUCGGCGUAGCGGACUUGGAGGUGGUGGGCGUGUCGCAGCUGACGGAGAUUAAUCGCACCUCCGGUGACGUGCGGCUGACGCUCGACCAAUACGCUGGACUGGGAGCCGUUAACUCCAAGGCCUUCCUGCGCUACGGGUUCGUGUCGGCGCGGAUCAAGGUGCCGCAAGCGUACUCGGGGAGCGUCAUCUCCACGCUCUAUCUGACGAGCCAGCAGCCCGGGCGGCACGACGAGAUCGACUUCGAGCUGAUAGGGAGCGCGAGCGCGGACGGCAUGCGCAUCCACACCAACUACUACGCGGCGGGCAGGGGCGGGCACGAGGAGCAGAUGCACCCGUGGUUCGACGCCAGCGCCGACUACCAUACGUACAGCGUGCGCUGGUCGCCCGACUCCAUUGUCUGGUACGUGGACGGGCAGCCCAUCCGCGAGACGCGCUUCGACCCGCGCAACGCAGCAGCCAGUGUGGUGGCGCCGCUCCGCGUGUGCGCUAGCAUCUGGUCCGCGGACUGGGCCAUGCCGCCUAUGGAUUGGUCGCACGGCCCCUUCACAGCGCAGUACCGGGACUUCAACUACUCCUCCCCCAGCCUCUCACACACCACGCACCCCAGCACCUUGCCCACCUACAAUAGCACCACCACCAGCAGCAGCAGCAGCGGCGGCGGCAGCGGCGGUGACAAAAAAGGGCAGGCGGGGCAGGGCGAGCAGCCGCUGAGUGUGGGGGAGAGGGCGGAGAUGCAGCGGGUGCGCGCGCAGUACCUGACGUACUCGUACCUGGACUUCUACAGGGAGCUCGCCAGAAAGGAAGCAGAGAGCGCUGCUGCUCCCUCUCCGUCUCCUGCUUCUGCUUCUCCUUCUCCUUCCCCUUCCCCUUCCCCUUCCCCUGCUCCUUCCUCCUCUCCUUCCCCCUCUGGGAAUCACGGGGGGAGGGAGGGAGAGGGUGGCAAGAGAGAGGGAAAGGCUGGCAGCGCUGCUGCUCCCAAGAGCGCUGCUGCUCCCAAGAGCGCUGCUGCUCCCAAGAGCGCUGCUGCUCCCAAGAGCGCUGCUGCUCCCAAGAGCGCUGCUGCUCCCAAGAGCGCUGCUGCUCCCAAGAGCGCUGCUGCUCCCAAGAGUGCUGCUGUGGGCACAGGCAAGGAGGAUGCAAAGAAGACGGGAGGAGAGAAACAGAGUGCCAGGGGGCCUUGAAGAGUUAGUAGAGGAGUGAAAAGGGGUUGAAAGCGGAUCUGAGGGAUGCAAACUGCCGAGAAAGGAAGGGAGUGGGCGCUGGGAAGAAUUGCACGGGGGAGCGACUCGCUCAGUCCUCCCCUCGUUCGUUUCCCGUCUGGUACAGUACUUUUUGCUUUCAUCUACCUGUACCUGUACCUUGCUUUUAGAGCAAGGGAAGAAGGGACGUACCGUAGUAGCGGUGUAAUUGUAGGAGAGUAAUGGGGAGUCAACAUGGUGUUGACGGCCCUGUUCAGUGGAUUUCCGACCCGUGCUGGUCCAACCGUGAAGACUGGUGCAAAUAGGUGUAUCUUUUAAGUCUGUAGUGAUGAGCCUUGUGGCCGGAUACAUCAGCCAAAUGUGGCACAUAUCCAAUC